AUGGCAGCGAAGAUUUGCACCGUGGAUGACCUCCUGCACUUCAACGAUGCCUGGAAGAUGCAGAACAGGCUGAAUGUGAGCAGCUACCAGGCCAACCCAACGCCCGAGACUCAAAGCACUGUGGAGGCCAACCUCUGGUUCCAGCUCAAAACCAUGGAGCGCCUCAUGCUGCAGGACAUGAACCUCGUUCAGGGCAUGAUGCGGCACAAAUACUCGGAGCAGGGGUACCAGGACGACCUGUGGGAGAAGAUUGCGAGGCACUUCGUGGCCAAGCUGCCCUCCGCCGCCGUGCUGCAAAUCAGCAAGGCGCACAGUCACCUCGUGGCGACCAUUGCCGAGGGCCGCCGGGUCAGGCUCGACGUGUCUGCCGAGCUGGCGAGGCUGACCUUCCCGUCCGUGCUGGAGGCCGGGGGCCUGAUUGGGGUCGCCGCCGCCUCCCUCCAGAUGCGCCGGGCUGUGAUGGAGGUGCAGGCUGCCUCCGCCCGAGACACGGUUGCAGCUGGAGGCGUCUCCGAGGCGCUUAUAAUUAAUUUCGGGCCACUCAACUAUGCCACUAUGGGGGCCAAGUCGGGUCGCAACUUCCCGGACACACUGGAGAUAGCUCGGCACAUGGUGGAGGUAUAUGAUCAGGAGAACGCGGCCUGCUCAGACCUCGUAUGA